UGAUGAAGGUGCACAUUUUGGAUGUGUCAAGGAAGAUGCUUUCACAAACGAGCAUUCAUUGUAAAUCUGUGUCAAUGGAAAACUAGCAUACCUCUUGUUUUUGAAGAACCUUAAUAAAAUCCAGUAAUUACAUUAAGUCCACUUUAGUGGAUUAGUAAAACAAUCUCAGGUAUCUUGUGUAAGGUUUUGGACUAACAGGCGAGGUUAACGUUCCUCCCUGUAAUUAAACACAUUAGACCCUGGACACUAAGAUGUACCAAUAAUCCAUCUGUGGACCCACCAACACAGGUGAAUAUAAAGUCCUGAUCAGACAGCACACAGACACCAAACCUCAGCAGAGGAGAAUCCUGAACAUCUCCAUACACUGAGACAACAUGGAUCCAAGAGCCUCCUUCUCCAUUCUGAUGCUGCUGGUUGGCUUCUCCCAGGCAUUUAUUCUACCAGAGCAGAAGCUUGCAGAUCUGUUAUCAGAGCCAGAAGAUGUGGACAUCACAGCAAAAAUCUUAGAGACCAACAAUGGAUCUACUGAAGUCUUGCUUGAGGGAGAUCUGGUGUUUCCCAAAACCAGAAAUGCUCUCAUCUGCUUAAGCAACAACUGUUUCUGGAAGAAAAAUGCCAACAAUCUAGUUGAGGUCCCUUACAUAGUGAGCAGUGAAUACACAUCUUAUGAGAAGAGUACUAUCCAGAACGCCAUGGCAUCCUUCGCCAGCAAAACCUGCAUCCGCUUUGUGCCCAGAUCAUCUCAGAUCGACUACAUCAGUAUUGAGAACAAAGAUGGGUGUUACUCUUCUGUUGGUAAAACAGGUGGCAAACAGGUGGUCUCCCUCAACAGGGGCGGCUGUGUGUACCAUGGCGUCGUUGAACAUGAGCUAAAUCAUGCCCUGGGCUUUAACCACGAGCACACCAGGAGCGAUCGUGACCAGUACGUCAGGAUCAACUUUGAAAACAUCUCUCCUAAUAUGGCCUACAACUUCCAAAAAAAGAACACCAACAAUCAAAACACUCCAUACGACUACGGCUCUGUCAUGCACUAUGGAAGAACGGCCUUUGCCAUCCAGUCCGGAAAGGAAACCAUCACUCCCAUUCCUAACGCCUCUGUGCAAAUCGGACAGAGACAGGAAAUGUCAAACAUCGACAUCCUGAGGAUCAAAAAACUGUAUGGAUGCUGAAGCUGAGGCUUAUGUACACUUGAUGUUACUGAUCAUUAAAUAUAGUUUAUGUGUCUGUAGAUGUUAUAAUGAGGGAAUGAAGUGAUGAUCUUUGUUGUUUGAUGGUGUUGGAUUUCUGAAAUGUUGAAAAAAAAAUAAA